GAAAUGUGUAUCUGUAUUCGAGAACACUAACAGAGGUAGGGAUACCAAUUUCUGGCAAACAGAAACAUCAUAACAAUGUACGGUGGCGAGAAUAAGAUACCUAAGGAUCCAUUUUCAAAAGAAUUGGCAUGGCGCAUGCAUGUAGAAAAUGAAGCCAGGACAGCCAAAGCAUUUGAAUCGAAAUACGGGUAUAUGAAAGGACCUUUAAAUAAAAUAAUAGAAGAUGAAAUACAUUUAUUGGUGGAUAAAGACCGACCUAGAAUUUCAGAUCUUGUCCAUGAACCGGUUUUAAGCGUCGAACCAUUGAGUAAAUACAUCAAGAUACUUCCUUCACCUCAGCCUAUUCCAAAAACAACAAAUGGUAUGAUUGGAUGGAGAUCACAGCAUCCAGAUUAUUGGCUUGAUAGAUAUGGGAGAUACGGAAGAUCUAAACGUGAUAUUAUGAAAGUGUUUAAUUGGCCGUAUGAAGCCAUCUGACUCUACUGUAUUUACAAUACUUUGAGCACUAAAAUAAUUACACUUAAAAAUUCA